GUGCAAUUCGUGCUGGGAACCCCGCCAGGGGGCAGACGGCCGCCUGAGACCCCGCCACCUGUCAACACGUGGACAGUGACUCCGACCAACUCGCCACUGCGCAAGUCAGUGGUCAGUUCGCCCUUUCUCACCGGACCUCUGGCCUCGAUCAAUGCCAACAACAUGCUGCCACCCAUUGUGCAGGGGACCAGGGCUAUCACACUGCCUGAAAUGGGAAGUACUGACGCUCAUAUGACUUUUGUCCUGCCGGAAUUACCACCGGAAACUAUAUUAGAGAGAGAGCACAACGAGACACUGGCCAAGCUGAACUUUGUGCUGGCGGUGAGCGAGUGCGUGAUGGAGGUUGCGGGCGCGGGUGGGAGGCCUCGUAACGAGUGCCUCGUCCUGCUUGUCAGAGCACUACAGCUGCUCAGCUCGGGGUUGACGCUUGCCAAGACCAAACUAGAUGCCAAGGUGCUGCAACCGUCUGCAUCGGUGAAGAACGUAGUGACGCAACUGAAUGCACGUUUCCGCCAGUGUUUGGGAGAUUGCAAGCAGCUUAACUCACCUGUGCUACUGCAGAAUGCCAGCGCAACGGCUGACAAGAUACUCUACAAUCAUGCCAUACAUAUGUGUCAAUCGGCGGCUCUGGAUGAGUUGUUUGGCAAUCCGGCCGAAUGCUUCCAGCGCUACCAGACGGCACAGAUCCUACUGCACAGUCUCAGUCAGCAAGUCAGCCAUCAUCAGGACAGGGCACUUCUUACCAAAU